GGUUUUAUCCGUAAUGUCUCAGCUAGUUUCGGUUUUAUCAAGAUGUUCAGGAGUCUGAGAGGCUGAAAGCUCUGGGACAGGCUGAAUUUGGGAUUUCACUGAGGUCCGAAAGGGCUGAAAAUGUUCCUGCGGGCUUCACCCUGUUGCCGAAGAUGAAGAUCCGGCUCAAAGAUUGCCGUUUUGACACCAUUGCAGAGAUCCGGUGGGAAUCACAGAAAAGCUUGGCACGAUUCGAACAGAAGACUUCCAGGACACAUUCCAGAAGUGGCAGGAACGCUGGGAGCGCUACAUUGUUGUUGUACAACUAUUGUGAAGGCGAUAGUGUGUAAACAUACAUAAAUCAAACUACUUUUUGAUACCACCUCGUAUUUUCAGUAGCUUUUAGAAGACAUCGUCUGGAUUACUACUGAGCUAUCUCCAGAUAUUAGGCCCCGUUCGAGGACAUGCCACUUUCAUUGCUCUAACGUCUGCAGUGCCUCUCUGCUCUGUCUAAACUCUUUGAAGAUGAGCUAGAUUGCACACGGAUUGCUCACCUCUGCUUCAUGAGCCAGCAGGAUGCGGCAUCGGUGCGUGCACUCUCCGAGCGUCUCCUGGUAGCGUCGCACAAGGGCCAAGCUGAAAAUGUGGUGCAGCUGAUCAACAAGGGCGCCAAGGUUGCCGUCACCAAGUAUGGCCGGACUCCACUACAUUUGGCCGCCUAUAAAAACCACAUCGAGGUGGUGAAGAUCCUGUUGAGAGCUGGCUGCGAUCUGGACAUUCAGGAUGAUGGCGAUCAGACAGCGUUACACAGAGCAGCUGUGGUGGGAAACAGUGAUGUCAUCACCGCGCUCAUUCAGGAAGGGUGUGCACUGGAUAGGCAAGACAAGGACGGAAACACGGCACUGCACGAGGUCGCGUGGCACGGCUUUAGUCAGUCUGUCAAACUGCUGGUUAAAGCCGGGGCCAACAUUCAUGCGAAAAACAAGGCAGGGAACACGGCACUACACUUGGCAUGUCAGAACACUCAUACCCAGAGCACUAAAGUUCUACUACUAGGAGGAGCUCGUCCCGACAGCAAAAACCACGUAGGCGACACGUGCCUGCAUGUCUCCGCCCGCUACAACCAUGUGGGUGUUAUGCGCAUUCUUUUGGGCGCUUUCUGUUCGGUUUCUGAGAGAAAUCAGGCCGGAGAUACGGCUCUGCACGUGGCGGCCAUGCUAAAUCACAAGAAGACAGCACGUGCCUUGCUCGAAGCCGGAGCCGAUACCAACGUCCAGAAUAAUUCAGGACACACUCCACUGGACCAGGCCAGAGAAAGCAACAACCCUGAAGUAGCACUACUGCUCACUAAAGCACCACAGAGCUUCACCCGUGGCAGAAGCGUACGAAAAAGAAGGGACAAGUUGAAAGCUGAAGGACGAGCCCAGUCGGUUCCACGUGACGAGAUGCUGCGGAAUAAGGGAAGCGUGUCUGCGGCGGAAGAAACUCCCAGCAGUGAGCUCUCUGCGCAGAAACACGGGGACUGUAGGAACGGGUCGCCCCGUGGCGCUCGGCAAAGGAAAAGCCGCGAGCGAAGUCGCAGCCGAGUCAAAGAACAGUGUGUGUGUGUGUGUGUGUGUGUGUGUGUGAGAUUACAGCCUUCCCUAUCAGACCCUCUACUUAGCAAAGCAAACAAAUGUAAAGAGCAGAGAACGAGGAGUAAAACGAGAGCGUCCCCUCCCCGAGCUGUUCCUCCUCCUCACAACUACAAGGCGUAUCAGCUGUACACACUGUACAGGGACAAAGACGGCAAGGUCAUGCAGGCUCCUCUGAACGGCUGCAGGUGUGAGCCGCUCAUCAACAAGCUGGAGAACCAGUUGGAGGCCACAAAAGAGGAGAUGAAGUCUGAGAUCCACACGGUUCAGGAGCUUAUGAACGACAAGCUGGGACAGCUGGACCGCAAGAACAAACACCAGAUCAGAGCUCUGGAUAAGAUGACGUUAGAGAGAGUGUCGGCUGAAAAGACGGAGUGUUUGCGCCGCAUCGACGAGAAGACAAAACAGGAGCGCCUGGAGGGAGAAAAGAGACAGGCCUCGAUAGUGAGUGAACUGAAGAACUGGUGCAUGUCUAAGCUCCAAAGCAUGGAGGCACGCCUGACAGCAGAUGCACGCUGCGCCCCCCUGCGCCGCUCCUCGUCGUUAGACGGGUGUGUAACGUUGCGGGGUGACGCCGGGGGUCCGUCUGCCAGGAGCGCCCACUGUUUGGUACCCGGCGGCCCAGCUGAACCCGAGGAGGGUCAAGAAGGCGGCGAGAGAGGAGAUGUGGAGAAGGAAGUAGUGGAUAAUCACUACUUAGUGGUUCAGAUGGACAACUCUUCAGACGGAAAACAGAACAUCCAAGAGACAUCCUGCCCUGUGGACAAAUCAGCCCCACCAUCUCCUCUUGUAGUUCGACCAAAAGAGCGCACUCUGCUCUCUGCUGACCCCCCCAGGCCAGACAAAGAUUUACAAAAGGCGUCGAUCCAGGCCUCAGGUCGAUCCAGCAGUCUCUCUCCGGCCACAGAGCGCCGAAGCAGUGGUCAAAAAAACCAGGACCGGGGUCUCAAGCAAAGCAAACGCAGUCCCCCUAAAAAGCAUUCUGAAGUGAGGAACAAAAACCGAGAGCAGCGGGACGACGUGCGCGCUCUGGAGGUGACGCAGUGCUUCUUCGAGGCGGUGUCGACACAGAUGGAGCGCUGGUACGAGCGCAAGAUCCAGGAUGUGAGCUGGCAGGCGGAGCAGCAAGCACGGGCCGAUCGCGCCACUUUACUAGAAAGGAUCAGCUGCCUGGAAGACGAACUGAGGCUCCUCAGAACCAGCAGACAGGAGGACAGCUAGCACAAAAAAGGAGCGGCUUGAUUUAUAUGAAGAAGGCGUUUUGAGGGAUGUGGAUGCCUCCACCACCUUGCUUCACCAUAGGGUUUUUACUCCCCCCCCCCCCCCCCAUGAACUUUGACACAUUCUGUUCCAAGCACUGAAGAUCAAAGAAAAUGGUAUGAAACUUUAAAUUCGGGUCUAUUGGUCUGACCAGAAUGAACAUUUUUGGCCUACAAAAUGCCAAAACCCCAGCACCAAUCACCAUCACCCAGUGAAACAUGGUGGUGGAAGCAUACUGUAAUUAGCCAAGGCUUCUUGGUUGUUUUGCAUUUUGGAUGUUGAUUACGUACACUAAACGGACAAAGGUUUGUGGAUACCUGACUAAGAUCAUUUUAAACAUUCCACACCGAGUUCACCGAGCUCUUAUAAUAAGCUCCACUCUUUUGGGAAGAUGUUCCUAAAGAUUGUUUAAGGCCUGGGGUGAAGUCACCAUUCUUUUCAUUGCAAAGAUGUUCAAUAUCGCACAUCUGUCUGGGAAAGUCAGGUGUCCUGAUUCUCUAUAUGGUUUAUUUUAUUAAAGAUUUCCUCACAAGCUCAGAGACCGUCCACACUGAGCAGACUUAGAUGUUGAUAAAAGUACUGUUUACAUCUAGAAAAAGGCAAACACUAGCUGUCAAUGGAACGUAUAAAAGUUUGUCCUGCGUGUUUAGAAGCUAAUAAGUUGUAUAAGCUAUUUAGACUUUUUCAUUUCUUUCAAAGUAAAUGUGUGUUCUUAUAUAUUUACACUACACACUGCUGCCUGUGUCUCAUACUGUUCAUCAUUGCCAGUUUUUGGUGCCAGUAUGGAGUUAAAAUGAUCGAUUCUCCAGUUUAAACCUGUAUACCUUUAUGUCAGAAAUGUUUCUUCUAUGCAGGCAGAGAAGACAAAUACGUUUACUCCAAACAAUAAACUGGCUUUGAAUGUCUUGUUUUUCACACGGAGCCAUCGAGGACAUUCUGAUUUCUACUGUUUUUAUACAUAUUUAUAAAUUUUUUUUUUUUUUUUUUUUUUUUACACACAUUAUCUGUCUCUUUUUGUCUGCAUUCCCAUUCAAACUGCUGUUCGUACACUAAUACAGACACAUUUUUGGACACCUGUUUGUGUGCCAAGUCGAUGGAGACCCAGUGGAUCAGGAUUUCACCUCCUGAAAAAAGACUGAAGGAAGAAAACACAAAGGAAAAACCCGACAUCUGCUUAAAACAACCCCAAUUUCGAAAAAGUUUAGACAUUGUGUAUAAUGUAAAUGAAAACAGAAUGCAAUGAUUUAUCCAUAUUCUAUUCACAAUAAAUCAACAGCAUAUCAAAUGUUAAAAAAUAUACACCAUUUAAAGUAUAAUGUCAAAAAAAAUUGGCCAUGGUUACCACUGUAGAGCUGCUCAACAGUUCUGGGUGUCCUUUGUUGUGUUUUUCGUUUUAUGAUUCGCCAAAGGUUUUUAAAUAGUAAAAGGUCUAGACUACAGACAGGGCAGUUCAGCUCCCAGACUCGUCCACUACAAAGUUAUGCUGUUGUAAUAGAUGCAGUAUGCAGUCUUACUCAAAUAUGCAAAGCCUUACCUUAAAAAAAAAAGGAUUUUCUAAAUAGAAGCAUUUGUUGCUCUAAAACCUGUAUAUACAAUUCAGCAUUGAUGGAGCCUUUCCAAAUGUGCAAGCUGCCCAUUCCAUGUUCACUAAUUCAUUUACAUACUAUCAGAGAUGCCGAUUUUUGAACUGGUCCCUUUCCUCUUUAGUCCGGAGGACAAGGUGUCCAUAGUUUCCAAAAAGAAAUCGAUUUGUAUGGCAGCAGGGCAGUUUUCCACUUUGCCUCAGUACAUUUUAAAUGAGCUUUGGCCUUAGAGAGGAUGAUGUUUCAUGUUUCUGGGUCAUGUUCACGCAUGCCUUUAGAGGUUUGGAGAUUUAACCUGCAUUUGUGGAUGACAUGGCAAACUGUGUUCACACACAAUGAUUUCUGGAGGUGUUAGAGAGCACAUGUAGUGAUUUCCAUUACAGAAUAAUGACUUUUAAAUGCGGUGCCGUCUGAGGGCCCGAAGAUCACAAGCAUCCAGUAUUGAUUUUCGCACUUGUGUACAGGGAUUUCUCCAGAUUUUUGUAAAUUUUGAUAUUACGUUUUGAGCUAUUGAACUGUUUUGUUUUAAACAUUACUCUGAAAUUGACAAUCUGUAGACAGUCUUUCACAGAUUGGUGAAGCUCUGCCCAUCUUUACUCCUGAGAACUUUUAUUGCAGCCAUCAAAUUCAACAUUUGAUAUGUUUUCUAUGUUCUAUUGUGAAUAAAAUAUGGGUUUACAAAAUUUACAAAUCAUUGAAAUCUGGUUUUUAUUGACAUUUUACUCUGCGUCGCAACUCGGACUGGAAUCGGGGUUGUAUUGUUUAUUACUUUACAAAUGCUUAUGAUGACAAAUAUUGAAAUUCGAACCUCUCGUCUCACGUUCGAUAAACCAAAUCAAAUGAAUUGACGCUCACAAUUAUUUCAGAGAAGCCUGGACCCCAGUGUCUGAUGUGAAAUCUACAUUUGAAUGCCAUUUCUGUGUGCUUGUGUUCAAUAAAUAUGAUUUUACAGUG